UCUGUGUCUACAAAGAAUUACCCUAUAAAGAAGCAUUGAAGGGAAACAGGCUGGAAAGAACAAAAUGACUGACAACGAUGCAACCCCCACCGAUGAAAGAGCCUCGGAAGUCUAUGAGGAACAGAAUGUCCAUGAGGUGUAUCAGCAAAUAGCAGAGCAUUUCUCGUCUACCAGGUACAAGCCGUGGCCCAUUGUGGAACGUUUCCUCCGAGAAUUAUCGCCCGGUUCCAUCGGGCUCGAUGUGGGAUGCGGCAAUGGCAAGUACCUGGCGGUCAAUAAGGACAUCUUUAUAAUUGCUUCAGAUCGAUCUGAAAAUCUUGUCCGUAUUGCUGUAAACCAUCAGCCACAUUCCCCCAUAGUAGCUGAUAUCCUCCAUCUACCACAUCCUGAUGCUUUCUUUGACUUUGCCAUAUCGAUUGCUGUGAUCCACCAUUUAUCAUCACCGGAGCGACGGAUUCAGGCAAUUAUGGAAAUCCUGCGCACACUUAAACCUGGUUUCGAAAACCAUCCGGGUGGAAAAGCCCUGAUAUAUGUCUGGGCGCUUGAACAGAAAAACAGCCGGAGGGGCUGGGAUAAAGGGGACAAUCAGGAUGUAAUGGUUCCCUGGAUCAUGAAAAGCGGCUCAUCCAAGGGCGGUUCCAGCGAUGCGCCCAAAACUUUCCAUCGAUAUUAUCACCUCUAUGAGGAAUCCGAGCUUGAGCGGGACAUUAGACAGGCAGGAGGGCGAGUCCUGAAGUCAGGGUAUGAAAAAGAUAACUGGUGGGCAAUCGCGGCGCCAUCAAAGGAGUAG